UUCGCCGCUUGCCCAAAUCUCCGUGUGGUCGGACGGGCUGGUACCGGCGUCGACAACAUAGAUCUUCAAGCUGCCACACGUAAAGGAGUAAUCGUAUUAAAUACCCCGGGAGGCAAUAGUAUCAGCGCUUGCGAGCUAACAUGCGCCCUGAUCUCCUCCCUCGCGCGCAACGUCGCGCAAGCCGCACAAUCGCUGAAAGAGGGCCGAUGGGACCGGAAACUGUACUCCGGAUACGAGCUGUCCGGCAAGACCCUCGCGAUCCUCGGAAUGGGUCGCAUAGGCCGCGAGGUAGCCUACAGAAUGCAGAGCUUCGGCAUGAAUAUCGUCGCCUUCGAUCCGAUCUUGAAGGACGAGACCGCCGCCGAGCUCGGCAUCAAAAAACUCAGUCUGGAGCAGAUAUGGCCUAUCGCCGACUACAUCACCGUUCAUACGCCGCUCAUACCUCAAACCAGAAGUACGAAUCGAAUCAGUUUGAAUAUAUUAAUUUGAUGCUGAAAGGUCAAA